UUGAAAAUGGAUAAGAAACGACUUAACAGAAAAAAAGGGCAACCAGGUCCAUCCUCGUCUGACGUAAAAUUGCCCAAAUUGCCAAAAACUUCGAUGCCGGAAGAUUUUAAAAUACGAACUCGGCCCUUGUUUUCACUGCCUGAGGAAGUCCUGAAACUACCUCCACCAACAUCAAAAGCAGCGAAAUUACAAGCUGCAAAAGCUAUGCCUAGAAGGAAGUCUAGUGUAAUGCAGAGCUACACAGCUAUGCGUAAAGCCAGAGAGGAAUUUAGGGCAAAACUUAUGAAUUUGAUCUGCCAGUCUCAACCAGGGGAGGAUGGAGACAUGAUCCCCUCGGGCGAAGAGAAAAAUAUGUUACGUUACUAUUAUUAUCUCAGAUAUGGUAUAGACACCAUACAUGUCGCUCCAUUGGAUAAUAAAAUUAUAUUACGUGUGCAUAACUUAAUAUCGCUCAAACUGAAGAAAUGGAAGGAGACAUUGUUCACAUGUACGGAUGAGAUGCGCGAGGACUUUAUGAUGAGCAUGAAGAAAGCUAUUGUAGACUUUGUUUUGAAGGAUCCUAAUACGGAAGAAUCGUUAGAAGAAGAGGAUACACCAUUAAAGCAAGAAUUAGCGAAGAAGGACGACGCAUGGAGGAAUCGAUACGCUCUAGCUAAAAAGUACCUCGGCAGGAAUCUGCACACUGUGAACUAUUGUAUAGCGCAGGUGCUUCAGAUAUGGUGGAAGCAGUUCAAUGACUUGCGACUGAUCAGCAUGAAAGAUAUAAUGACUACAAACGAAGCGUACGAGCUCCAGGACUUUUGUUUCGUGUGCAAGAGGCAUAUCGAGGCAGCCGGCAAUGUGCUCACGUUACAAUGGAUACCCACCAUACAGGCAGUCUUCCUACAGGGAAAUAAAAAACGUCUCAUACCAGAUCCUAAGCAAGCGUCCAAAAUUAAGCACUUUUAUAAUUGCUUGGCUUGUAUCAUGACCUAUAAUUUGCAAACGUUAUGCUUAAAAUCUAUGAAGGAAUUUACAGACUAUAUCAUGGAUGUUGGGGGAAUGAAUCAAGGCUUUGUCGUCAAUUUAACGUUUCAAAACGACGCUAUCGAAUUUGAACCUUCUUUUAAACAGUUUAAAGAUCAGCUUCGUUUGUUAUACGAUUUCUUAAUAGAUGCAUGUAGACAAACUCCUCGGUUGGAGACAUUGUUGUAUCAAGAUUACGUUUGUACUUCUAGAGCUACGCUGAAGCCCAUAAUAGAUAAUGAUUUGGUGGAUUCGUACAAGAAGCAAGUGGCAGAUCUAAUUAGCGAGCAAAGAAUCGGUCCGGAACUGAGAGUUCAAGAUUUUGAUGACUACGUUUGUCUUCUAAAUGGCGAAUCUUUAUCAAAAGUGGAGUCAUUUAUUAACUCUGUUCCUGAGAAAACUUUUGAAGAGUUCUGUGCUGAGUCAGUCAAAUAUGUGGAAUUGGCGAAAGAGAUACCCUCAAAGUUGGAAGGGACUAUCACGAUCGGCAUGUACCAGAUGCAAAGAGGAGACCUGAUAACUUCCUUGCGAUCAGCUGCCACUAGGCUAGCUAACACUCUAUUAAAAAGGAUGACGGAGGAUUACCAGUUCAUGAUUAAAUCGAUCUACGAUGAGUAUUCGACGAUUGCGAACACCCUGCUAACCCCCCCGCCUGAAACGGCCGCGUUGAUGGACCUGAUCGCGUACUGCAAGAAGGUGGAGGACAUCAUACUGGACGAGAUGGAAGACAAACUGCGCAGUGUGCUGCGCUAUAUCAUAUUUCUUGGGGACUAUACCACCUUCACGCCAUUGGAGAUGAAGGCGAACAACCAAACGUUCCACUGGUAUGCACGAAUGCCUGGAGUUAUCGAAGAGUGCAAAGUCAUAUGUGAUCAGAAGAAGAUUGAAUAUCAGGAACUAUUAAAGGUUCGAAUUGCCAAGUUUAUCGACGACUUAAAUAUAUACGAAGCGCAAUGUAAUGAGUUGCAAUAUUGGGGUGAAAUUAACGAGCUGCCCAAAUACGUCAGCCGCGCGCGGCACUUGGAUGAGAAAUUGUCGAACGCAUUAACGAAAAUAGAUCAGUUCAAUGAGGAAGAAACAUCAUUCGGAUGGGAACUCUCGCAGUACCCGAAAAGAAAGGCUGUUUACGAUCGACUCGUGCCAUUCAAGAAGCUCUUCGAUGCAGGAUUCGAUUUUCUUGAGAAACACAAUAAUUGGAUGAAGUCUAAAGUUGGCAGUUUUGAUCCUGAAGAUAUAGAAGGUGAUGUUGGUUACUACUAUAAAAUUGUCUACAAGUUGGAGAAAUCAUUCCAAGAGGUCCCGGACACAUAUCGACUGGCUGUAUCUGUCAGAGAAAAAAUGGACGAAUUCAAAACAAACAUGCCUAUAAUACAGACUCUUGGUAACCCUGGCAUGAAACCUCGUCACUGGGAGAAGAUAUCGGAGAUCGUCGGCUUCCCCAUAGUGGUGGAUGAUGAACUGUCUCUGGAGAAAGUGAUUGACUUUAACUUAGUGGACUACAUCGAUAAGUUCGAGUCUAUAUCAGAAGCUGCCACUAAGGAGAACAACCUUGAGAAAGCACUAGACAAGAUGAUGAAAGAAUGGGCCGAUCUAAAAUUCGACAUUCUUUCUUACAAGGAUACCGGUACAUACAUUUUGUCAAGCGUCGACGAGAUUCAAUUGUUGCUAGAUGAUCAUAUUGUUAAAACUCAGACAAUGAAGAACUCUCCUUACAUCAAGCCAUUCGAAGAGAUUAUUAUCGAUUGGGAAGGUAAGCUGAUACUACUGCAAGAGAUUCUCGAUGAAUGGCUCAAAGUUCAAGCCACGUGGAUGUAUUUGGAACCAAUAUUUUCCUCGCCUGAUAUUCAGCAGCAAAUUCCUGAGGAAGGGCGCCGAUUCAGCGCUGUUGACAAGAUGUGGCGUGAAAUAAUGAAAGCUGCGUACACAGAGCCCCGUGUAUUGGACGUAAUAAUGAUAGAAAAGAUGCUAGAGAGACUCCGCAAGUCCAACAACCUGUUAGAGAUGGUGCAGCGCGGUCUCAAUGCGUAUUUGGAGAAGAAGCGGCUCUACUUCCCGCGCUUCUUCUUCUUGUCCAAUGAUGAGCUCCUCGAGAUACUGUCUGAAACUAAAGAUCCUAUGCGCGUACAGCCGCAUCUGAAGAAAUGUUUCGAAGGUAUUGCAAAAUUGACGUUCACUGAGGACAUGGUGGUGACUCAUAUGAGGUCCUCAGAGGGAGAGAUCGUGCUACUUACGACUACCAUCAAUACUGCUGCUGCUAGGGGACAGGUGGAAAAAUGGCUUUUAGAAUUGGAGAAAGCGAUGAAAUCGUCUGUACACCACGUAGUUGCGUUAUCUUACGAUGACUAUUCACAGAGGCCUCGUGAGAAUUGGGUGCUGGUAUGGCCUGGACAAGCUGUUCAGUGUAUUGCGAUGACGUUUUGGACGUCAGAGGUGACUGAGGCAAUUCACAUCAGUAUAUCUGCAAUGAAAGCCUAUUGGGACAAAUGCAAUUUGCAAAUCUCCAAGAUUGUUGAUUUGGUCCGUGGCGAGCUCAGUUUACAAAACAGAAUUACGCUUGGAGCGUUAGUUGUUCUAGACGUCCACGCGAGGGAUGUACUCAUGUUGCUAAUCGAAUACAAUGUGCAGCAUGAUAAUGAUUUCAACUGGUUAUCACAAAUUCGAUAUUAUUGGGAGGAGCAAGAGGAAGAUAAGAGCAUGCAAAUAGCUACCCGUAUGAUCAACUCUCAACUGAUGUAUGGCUACGAGUACUUGGGAAAUACUGGUCGCCUUGUUGUCACUCCGCUCACUGAUAGGUGUUUUAGAACAUUGUUUGGUGCUUUACAUUUAAAUUUGGGUGGUGCUCCUGAAGGUCCUGCUGGUACAGGCAAAACAGAAACUACAAAGGAUCUGGCAAAGGCGGUUGCAAAACAAUGCGUAGUAUUCAAUUGUUCUGACGGCCUCGAUUAUAUUGCUCUUGGAAAGUUUUUCAAGGGUCUAGCGUCCUGUGGGGCAUGGUCGUGCUUCGACGAGUUCAAUCGCAUCGACCUGGAGGUACUGUCGGUGGUGGCGCAGCAGAUCCUGUCCAUCCAGCGUGGUAUCAACUCUGGCGCUACGGAACUACUGUUCGAGGGCACGCUAUUACAGCUUGACAAGUCUUGCGCUGUCUUCAUCACUAUGAAUCCGGGUUAUGCUGGACGAUCUGAAUUGCCUGAUAAUUUGAAGGCUCUGUUCCGGUCUGUAGCCAUGAUGGUGCCAGAUUACGUCCUUAUCUCCGAGAUCGAGUUGUAUGCAUUUGGUUACUUGAACGCCAAACCGCUGGCUGUUAAGAUCGUGGCCACAUACAGACUUUGUUCAGAACAGUUGUCAUCGCAGAGUCACUACGAUUAUGGUAUGCGCGCGGUGAAGUCUGUGCUGCGUGCAGCAGGAGCACUGAAACUUCGCUACCCAGACGAGGACGAGGACGUAAUUCUACUACGCUCCAUCAAGGACGUCAACUUGCCAAAGUUCCUUGAACACGACGUGCCACUUUUCAUGGGCAUCAUUGGAGAUUUGUUCCCUGGAUUGCCGCUACCUCAAGCCGGAUUACCUCAUUUGGUAGCGUGUCUCAAGGAAGCAUGUGUACCGCUGAAUUUGCAAGCUAAUGACUUCUUUAUCGAAAAGGUUCUUCAGCUAUAUGAAAUGAUUCUGGUACGACAUGGUCUUAUGUUAGUCGGAUUUCCGUUUUCUGGAAAGACAAAAUGCUAUCAUGCUCUUGGACAUGCAUUAGGAUUAGUAUCCGAAAAGGGUCUCAUGGACGAGAAUCCAGUAGAAUGGACUGUAAUCAAUCCCAAGUCGAUCACAAUGGGCCAACUGUAUGGACAAUUUGAUCCGGUGUCUCACGAGUGGUCCGACGGGAUUUUGGCUGUCAGCUAUAGGGCUUUUGCUGUAUCACCAAAUAAUAAUAGAAAGUGGUUAGUGUUCGAUGGUCCUGUAGACGCUAUUUGGAUUGAAAACUUGAAUACUGUGUUGGACGAUAACAAGAAACUGUGCCUCAUGAGCGGCGAGAUCAUUCAGCUCGCGCCCACCACCAAUUUAGUGUUUGAGCCGAUGGAUCUUGAGGCUGCUUCUCCUGCCACGGUGUCUCGUUGUGGUAUGAUUUAUAUGGAGCCUAAAGGACUCGGCUGGAAGUGUCUGCUGGAGUCGUGGCUAAACACUCUUCCACCCACCCUGCACAGCGUCAACCGGAACCUGAUCCGUUCGCUCUUCAAUCGGUUCACAUCACCUUUACUCUGGCUUGUUGAGUACUCAGGGAAGACCAAGCAAAUGUAUGUCACGUCUCGAAGUAACUUAUUGGUGGCGUGUAUGAAUAUCUUCGAUACAUUUAUGGAUGAUUUUUACGACGAGAAGUAUGUUGAAGGUAUAUCAGACUUGGAUAUAAGAGCACAGCUUGAGGGUGUGUUUUUCUUUUCUUGCAUUUGGUCAAUCGGAGCCACGCUGGAGGCGGAUAGUCGUCCCAAAUUUGAUAUGAUGUUCAGGGGGCUAUUGGAGAAAGAGUUCCCCGAAAAGGUUAAGGAAGUGCUCGGGUAUCCGAGAGAAAUACCCAAACCUGAUAAACAGUAUAUAUUCGCUAUACCAAAAGAAGGACUGGUAUAUGACUAUCGAUAUAUAAAAGAGGGUAAAGGUAAGUGGAAGCCGUGGCAAGACGAUGUAAUAUCCGCGCCGGCCAUCAGUCGUGACACGCCACCGAACCAGAUCCUGGUGACGACUCUCGACAGCGUCCGUUACCUGGCGCUUUUCAAACUCCUCGUCACACAUCACAAAGCUGUCAUGAUGGUUGGACCCACUGGCACUGGCAAAUCCUCAUAUAUCAUUGAUUACUUGGUAAAGAGGGUAGAUACCAAAGUAUUCAAAGCUCUUAUCAUGGCGUUCUCUGCUCAGACCAACUGCAAUCAAACGCAAGACAUAAUUAUGGGAAAAUUGGACAAAAGAAGAAAAGGCGUAUUUGGUCCCCCCAUUGGGUGCUACAGCGUGGUGUUCGUGGACGAUGUAAGUAUGCCGCAGGCCGAGACGUACGGCGCGCAACCACCUAUUGAAGUACUACGUCAGGGCAUCGACCUUGGACUUUGGUAUGACAGGAAGACCAACGUCGCUAUGCAUCUUAUCGACGUACAGUUUAUGUGCGCCAUGGGCAAACCGACACCGGGUGCUAAAUUAGUAACGCCGAGGUUUUCUCGUCAUUUCUCGUUUUUCUGUAUUGAUGAGUUUGAUGAUGAAACGUUGAGAGUCAUCUUUGGAAGAAUUAUGCUAUGGCAUCUAGACACUAGAGGUUUUUCAAAGGAAUUUGACCCAUCCAUCGAGGAGAUCGUGUCUGGUACACUAGAAGUAUAUAAACAAUGCCGAUUGAACUUAUUGCCUACACCGUCAAAGUCGCAUUACACAUUCAAUUUACGUGAUUUCUCUCGAGUUAUUUUGGGUGUUUUGUUAUCGGUGCCAGAGGUGACCCCCGAUUUACAAUCGAUCAAACGUCUAUGGGUGCACGAGUGCUUGCGCGUGUUCUCUGACCGGCUGGUAGAGGACGCUGAUAGGCAGUGGUUGGUGCAGUGCCUCCGGGAAUCCACUGCUUUACAUCUCAAUGACGACUUUGACAAGAUGCUGUCGAGACUGCUUAAUGGGCCCGAUGAUAAAAUAACUGAUUUACAUCUACGUAAUCUUAUCUAUUGUGACUUCGCCAAUCCUAAAGUGGAUACGCGAUUCUACAUGGAGACUACCAAUAUGGAACAUCUUAACUCUACUGUAGAAGCAUUUUUAGUAGAAUAUAAUAAUAUGUCGAAGAAACCGAUGAAUCUUGUGCUAUUCAGGUUUGCGAUAGAGCACGUGUCGCGCAUCUGCCGCGUGCUGGCGCAGCCGCGCUCGCACGCGCUGCUGGUGGGGCUGGGCGGCUCCGGCCGCCAGUCGCUCACGCGCCUCGCCGCGCACAUCAACGAGUACGACCUCUUUCAGGUUGAAAUGAGCCGUACAUAUGGUAAAAAUGAGUGGCGAGAAGAUUUAAAAACCCUGCUGAAAAAAUCCAGCACACCCGAUUUGCACAUGGUGUUCCUGUUUAUUGAGUCUCAGAUCAAAGAAGAAGGUUUCUUAGAAGAUGUCAACAAUAUGCUUAAUUCGGGAGAAGUGCCCAAUAUAUUUGGGGCGGAUGAAAAAGCUGAGCUAUGCGAGAAGAUGAGAGUGAUCGACCGGCAGCGCGACAAGUCGCUGCAGACGGACGGCAGCCCGACGGCGCUAUAUGCGUACUUCGUGUCGAUCGUGCGCGACCAGCUGCACAUCGUGCUGACUAUGUCGCCCGCCGGCACCUCGCUGCGCACGCGCAUCCGCAAGUUUCCCUCGCUCGUCAACUGCUGCACUAUCGAUUGGUUCCAGGAAUGGCCGCCGGAUGCUUUGAUGGCCGUGGCGACUCGUUUCCUCAAGGAUGUAGAAUUGACCGACCUGGAGCGUGACACCGCCAUCAAACUGUGCCAAGUAUUCCACACGGACACACAGGAGUUGACCAGACAGUUCUUGCUCAGGCUUAAGAGAUACAAUUACGUCACUCCCACGGCGUAUCUCGAACUAAUUAAUAUGUUCAAGACGCUCCUAGGGAAGAAACGCACGGAACUAUUGACGAGUGAAAAGCGGUACCUGACUGGUUUAGAUCAAUUGGCCAUAGCGGCUAAAUCAGUUGCGGCACUGCAACAGUCCUUGGAAAUACUACAGCCGAAAUUAGCAGCUGGUGCUGCUGCUGUAGCCGAAACUACAGCCAAAGUAGAGAAAGAGAAGGAAGGAGUGGCAUUAGUAGAAGCUGAAGUACUAAUGGACCAGGCAGCUGCAGAGGAACAGGCAAAAGAAGCACAAGCUAUAAAAGACGAGUGCGACGCAGACUUGGCGGAGGCAAUGCCAAUCCUAAAUUCUGCGCUUGCAGCGCUUGAUACACUCACGCCCCAAGAUAUCACUUUUAUUAAGACCAUGAAGAGCCCGCCCAGGGGUAUCAAGCUGGUCAUGGAGGCUAUAUGUAUAUUGAAGGAAAUAAAACCGGAUAAAAUUCCUAACCCAUCUGGAGUUGGCACUGUUGAAGACUACUGGGGUCCUUCAAAAAAGCUACUUAACGACAUUAAGUUUUUGGAGUCGCUGCAAAAUUAUGAUAAGGAUAAUAUUCCGCCGGCUGUGAUGAAAAAGUUAAUGACAACUGUCAUGCAAGAUGAUGGAUUCGUGCCGGAGAAGAUCAGAGCUGUGUCGGUCGCUGCUGAGGGCAUGUGUAAGUGGGUAAUCGCGAUGACGAAGUAUGACAAAGUGGCAAAGGUCGUAGCGCCCAAAAAGCAACGUUUGGCAGCCGCUCAAGCAGUAUAUGAUAAAGCCAUGGCGGCGCUCUCCAUUAAACAAGCACAGCUCAGGGAGGUACAAAGCAAACUAGGAAAGCUAGAAGAUGCAUUAGCUGAACAGAAUCGUCAGCAAAAGAUGCUAGAUGAUGAGGUGAUCGACUGUAGUAACAAAUUAAAGCGAGCUGAGAUGCUAAUUUCUGGUCUCGGCGGGGAGAAGACUAGGUGGACGCAGAUUGCGAAGGAUUUACGCGAGAGUUACAACUCACUUACGGGUGAUAUAUUGAUUGCAGCUGGUAUCAUAGCUUACCUUGGACCAUUUACUGCUGUAUUUAGAAAUGGACAGGUAAAGAAAUGGGCUCAAGCAUGCCACGAUUGUGGCAUUGUGUGUACUCUUAACUUCAGUCUAAUCAAAUCACUCGGCGAGCCGGUCACCAUUCAGCAAUGGAACAUUGACGGGUUGCCCUCUGACGAUUUUAGUGUCGAGAGCGCAAUUAUCAUUAUGACCGCACGUCGUUGGCCCCUGAUGAUCGAUCCUCAAGGGCAGGCUAACCGAUGGAUCAAGAAUAUGGAGAAGCCCAAUAACUUGUGCAUCGUGCGCAUGACACAGGUUGAUCUCGGGCGGGUUUUGGAAAACGCUGUACAAUUUGGACAACCGGUGUUACUUGAGAACGUUUUAGAGGAACUGGACCCAAUGUUGGAGCCACUCCUUCAGCAACAAACUUUCCGACAAGGGGGCGCCCUUUGUAUUAAGAUCGGAGAUACCAUUGUGGAGUACAGCAAAGAUUUCAAAUUAUACAUCAGCACGAAGCUAGCAAACCCUCACUAUCUGCCCGAAGUGGGUGUACGAGUCACCCUGGUCAAUUUCAUGCUGGCCAAGGACGGGCUGCAAGCCCAACUGCUGGCAAGGGUCGUAGCCCGGGAGAGACCUGACCUGCAACAGGCAAAAACGGACCUCACCACGCAGGGUGCUGAACAUCGGAGGCUGUUGCAGGACAUCGAGAAGAAGAUCCUGAAUGUUCUGUCUACUUCUGAGCAUUUGUUGGAAGAUGAAGAGGCUGUGCAGAUCCUGAAUUCAGCUAAAGACACGUCAAACGAGAUCAAAGAGAAGCAGGAGGUGGCUAUGAUCACCGAGAAAGCGAUUGAUACGGCUCGCGAUGAUUAUGUUCCCAUCGCCGUACACUCCACUAACCUGUUCUUCCUUAUCGCUUCGCUGGCGAACAUCGACCCAAUGUACCAGUACUCGCUGGGCUGGUUCGAGGGCCUGUUCACGGCGGCCAUCGACAACACGGAGAAGGUGGACGAUAUACCGGCGCGGCUGGCCAUAUUGCGCGCAUACUUUACGUACUCGCUCUAUGCUAACAUCUGUCGCAGUUUGUUCGAGAAGGACAAGAUGGUGUUCUCCUUGUUGCUGACGAUCACGAUCAUGGUGGCGGAAGGUCGUCUGGAGCAAAGCCACGUGCUGUUCCUGCUGGGCGGCGCCCAGCCUCGACAUGUGCUGCCCAACCCUGUGCCUUUCCUCAGCCCACAAGCCUGGGCCGAGUUCAACGGACUGGCUGAGAUAGACGGUUUCCACGGCAUCGUGGAGCAUUUCAUGUCAAACUUGUCCGCGUGGGAGGCAUUCUGCGAUACGCUAGACCCGCACUGCCAGCCGUUACCGGAACCCUGGUCCACUAAGCUCUCUUCAUUCGAGAAAAUGAUGGUGCUCCGUUGUAUGCGCUUGGACAUGAUGGUGCCGGCGGUGCAAAUGUUCGUUGAAGAGCAAAUGGGUCGUCAGUUCGUGGAGCCACCACUUUUCGACCUGGCGUCAUCGUACGCAGACUCCCAUUGCUGCAUACCGCUGUUGUUCGUGCUCACGCCCGGCUCGGACCCCAUGGGCACGCUGCUUAAGUUCGCCGAUGACCAGGGUUUCGGCGCAUCUCGGCUGUUUUCACUAUCGCUAGGUCAGGGCCAGGGUCCGAUUGCAGUGAAGUUGAUUGAUGAGGGCAUUCGCAGCGGCACCUGGGUCGUGCUACAGAACUGCCAUCUCGCCAAGAGUUGGAUGCCUAUGCUCGAAAAAAUUUGCGAGGGUUUGACCCCAGACUCCACGCAUCCGGACUUCAGGUUGUGGUUGACGUCGUACCCAGCGGACCACUUCCCCGUAUAUGUUCUACAAAACGGCGUCAAAAUGACUAAUGAACCACCUCAAGGUUUGCGUGCGAAUAUUGCUCGCUCAUACCAAAGCGACCCAAUCAACGACCCGGAGUGGUUCGAAGGCAACAAACAGCCGGAGAUCUUCAAGAAGCUGUUGUUCGCGCUGUGCUUCUUCCACGCGGUGGUGCAGGAGCGGCGACAGUUCGGCCCCCUCGGCUGGAACAUACGCUACGAGUUUAACGAGACCGACCUCAGGAUAUCCAUCACGCAACUCUACAUGUUCCUCAACGAAUAUGACGACGUGCAAUUCGUAGCGCUACGCUACCUGACCGGUGAAUGCAACUACGGCGGACGCGUGACCGACGACUGGGACCGGCGCUGCCUCAACACCAUAUUGUAUAAGUUCUACAACCCACGCGCCAUCAACGAGGAGAAGUACCCUAUAGACCCCACCGGCGUGUAUUACAUCCCGACGUUGCGCGAGCACGGUGACUUCAUAGCGUUCGCUCGCUCGUUGCCGGUGGCAACCCCGCCGGGCGUGUUCGGCUUCCACCCCAAUGCCGAUAUCACCAAGCAUUUUAGGGAAUCUGAGGAACUGCUCAAUACAGCAAUACUCACACAGGAUCGAAUGGAUCUUCUUAAAAAACAUAUGGAUACGAUGGCGGCGGGUGGUGUCGGCGCUACUCCAGAAGAACAAGCAAUGGCAAUAGCUGAAGACAUCCUAGCGCGUCUUCCGGCCAAGAUCCUGACAGGACCGUCGCAUGAGGGUGAUAUCAAGCCAGCAGACAUGACGCCUAUGUCUAUCGUCGUAAUACAGGAAGCCGCCAGAUAUGAACGGCUGGUCACGGUCGUCAGGUCCAGCUCCAGGGCCGUCAUCGGCGCUGUACAAGGUGUAAGCGUGCUGACGGACGUGACAGAGGAGGUGCUCACGAGUAUGGUCCGCGGCCGCAUCCCCGCGCUGUGGGCCGGCAAGAGCUACCCCUCGCUAAAGCCACUCGCCUCCUAUUUCAACGACCUAUUGGCCAGGCUCGACUUUCUGCAGCAUUGGCAUCAGCACGGUCCGCCAGUUGUCUUCUGGCUAUCAGGUUUUUACUUUCCGCAAGCCUUCCUCACCGCGGCCCAACAGAGCUACGCACGAAAAUACAAAAUACCCAUUGAUCAGCUUGCAUUCCAUUAUGAGGUACAACGUACAUCUGUAUUGGAGGAACCUCCAGAAGAAGGCGUCUACAUUCGCGGCCUUUUUAUGGAGGGUGCUCGCUGGAACAACGACGACUACUACAUCGACGAGUCCUUCCCCAAGAUAUUAUAUGACGAGUUUCCACCGGUGUGGCUUAUUCCGCUGAAACGCGACGAUAUUCCAACGGAUGUAUUCUAUAAUUGCCCGCUGUACAAGACUGGUGACCGUCGCGGUAUGCUGUCCACCACGGGCCACUCCACCAACUACAUCCUGUUCAUGCGGCUACCCACCAGCAAGGAGCCCGACCAUUGGAUCAUGCGAGGUGUCGCGCUGCUCACGCAGCUGCCCUUCUAACUGGUUCACUACAUGUAUACUUAAUUAUAUAUUAUGUAAGACUGAUGACUAAUCCGAUAAAAAUGCGAUGUCCCUUAAAACAAGAACCUCUGCUAUUGAAUAAAACGAGGUGUAGCAUUCCUCACACAGCUGUCCUUCUAACUGCUUCACCAUAUACGGAAGGUUUAGACAUUGCUAGUAUUACCGCAUAUAUUUCAUCGUAAUCGUAAAAGUGUAUUGUUACUUAAUGUGGACUACCGGAUCAAAUAAAGCAUGACGUUUUUCACUUUAAUAACUCUAGCUGCACUGUCGUAUGCAUAGGGUUGAUUUUGCAGUUGUAUAUAUUUUUCGUCUUGAUUUUUAUAAUCUCAGAAGAAUUUACUUAGAUUCCUAUUAAAUUUUGAUUAGGAGGUCUUACAUCAAUUGGAAAUGGAUCUGUUUCAUGAAUUUCCUUCAUCAAUUUCUUUCUUUUCGUCAUAAUUUCAUUAACUUCGUUCAUUUCUUCUAUUUUGUAUUCUUCUGGAAUAACAACUGUUUUUUGUGUCACAUGACUUUAUUCCGAUGUUGAUUUAUAGAGAUAUAUUAGAUAUUGGGAAAGAUACGAGCCUAAAUUCAUAAUAAACUUAGAUUUAUCUUAUCUAUAGAUCACAUUCGAUUAGAAAGCAUGUGCAUUGGAGUUCCGCUCUGGAUAUUCAUCAUCAAUAUAUCAGUCGUUAACUGUACACUACUAAAUAUAGGCCUCUUCCAUAAGACAGAUUUUGCCAGUAGUUGUCACGCAUUGUAGGCGAGUUGGCGACCGCAGUUAGGCUUUUGGUGAUUUUUAAGAGGGACACCGUGGAAUAGGUAGUAUUCCACGACCAUUAAUUUCUUUUAGUCGCCUCUUACGACACUCAUGAGAAAGGAAUGAAAAGGAAAGGAAACUAUCAAAAAGUUCCAUUGAGCCAGAUUCUUGCAAACUUUUACAGCAGAAAUUGCUAUGUGGCAUAAAAAAUACUUCCAUUAAUAAAUUUGAAAGUAAUUAAAUAACAUAAAGCGCUUACUAAUCUCACUACAAUACCACAUUCACGAUUGUGUCUGCUUAAACCGGAACGCUCUAACUGCGGACAUGCGCAGUUUUGUGGUUUGAACCGAACAUGCGUCGACUGGGCUGUAUUUCUAUUACAGCGUUUGAAAACGCCGACACAGAGAAAAAGAUAAUCUGCAAGUAGGUAAUAUUUCUUUUUUCUUUCUCUUUUGCCCAUAGUCCCUCUUUAUUUCUCGCUCCGUUUGAGCUGAAUAAGAGCCACUGUUCAUAUUAUAAUGUUAAUAAUAGAUACAAAAUGGAACAAAAUAUGUGUGUUCCAUUUAACGUAAUAUUUUUGACAGCUGUCUAUUAUCAUCUCUUUUUAUAAUAUAUCUUUUUAGGUACCUAGGUGCUUAUUAUAUGCAUGGUUUUUUAGAUCAUUAGGUUUUUAUUUUAGCUCAAGAAUUUCAAGCCAUUGUAUAUAGUAUAAAAUUGUUAUUAUUAAUAUAUUUUUAUUAUCUUAAUUAUAAUUACUUAUUUGUUUCUAUGCAACGGAAUCUAGUCACGUAUUGUGAUUAUUUAUUUUAUUUUUUGUC